CUGGCGCUCACCCAGCAGACUGCCGGACGGUUUCUGGGGAGGGCGCCGGGUGGGGGGGGAACGCCUGCUGGCAAGCGGCUCCUCGCCUCCCUCCCGGGUCGGGGAGCCGCCCCACCUCCACGCGCUCUCGGGCGGCGCUCGGACCCUUGGGCAGCCGCGGGUGCCAGUCAGCCCCAGCGCAGCGCCCCGCGCCCAGCCCCGCGCUCGCAGUCGCCGCCGCGGUGUCCGGCAGAUAUCCAGCUAAGUUACUGGAACUUGUUUUGAGCAAAGAUGAGCAUUUCUUCCCAGAUGAUGUAAUUGGAGAGUACAGAUCUGGGCAGACCUGACCAUGGGAGCUAAUACCUCAAGCAAACCACCAGUGUUUGAUGAAAAUGAGGAUGUCAACUUUGACCACUUUGAAAUUUUGCGAGCCAUUGGGAAAGGCAGUUUUGGGAAGGUCUGCAUUGUACAAAAGAAUGAUACCAAGAAGAUGUAUGCCAUGAAGUAUAUGAAUAAACAAAAGUGUGUGGAGCGCAACGAAGUGAGGAAUGUCUUCAAGGAGCUCCAGAUCAUGCAGGGCCUGGAGCACCCUUUCCUGGUAAACUUGUGGUAUUCCUUCCAAGAUGAAGAGGACAUGUUCAUGGUGGUGGACCUCUUACUUGGUGGGGACCUGCGUUAUCACCUGCAGCAGAAUGUUCGAUUCCAGGAAGACACAGUGAAGCUCUUCAUCUGUGAGCUGGCCUUGGCCCUGGACUACCUGCAGAGCCAACGCAUUAUUCACAGGGAUAUGAAGCCUGACAAUAUUUUACUUGAUGAACAUGGACAUGUGCACAUCACAGAUUUCAACAUUGCUGCCAUGCUGCCCAAGGAGAUGCGGAUCACCACCAUGGCUGGCACCAAGCCUUACAUGGCACCUGAGAUGUUCAACUCCAAAAAAGAAGCAGGCUAUUCUUUUGCUGUAGACUGGUGGUCUCUGGGAGUGACGGCAUAUGAGCUGUUGAGAGGCCGGAGACCAUAUCACAUUCGCUCCAGUACAUCCAGCAAGGAAAUUGCACACAUGUUUGAGACGGCUAUUGUGACUUACCCUUCUGCCUGGUCACAGGAAAUGGUGUCACUUCUUAAAAAGCUACUUGAACCUAAUCCAGACCAACGAUUUUCUCACUUGACGGACAUUCAGAACUUCCCAUACAUGAAUGACACGAACUGGGAUGCAGUUUUGCAGAAGAGACUCAUUCCAGGAUUUAUUCCCAAUAGGGGCAGGUUGAAUUGUGACCCUACCUUUGAACUCGAAGAAAUGAUUUUGGAGUCCAAACCUCUUCACAAGAAAAAGAAGCGUCUGGCAAAGAAGGAGAAGGAGAUGAAAAAAUGUGAUUCCUCACAGUCCACCUUACAGACAUGUCUUCUUCAAGAGCACCUUGAGUCUGUCCAGAAGGAGUUUAUAAUUUUCAACAGAGAAAAAGUUAAAAGAGACUUUAAUAAAAGUCAAGCAAAUCUAGCCUUGGAACAAACCAAAAACCCCCAGGAAGAGGAUGGCCAGAGUGACAGCCUGUAAAGGCUCCACUUCUCCUUCUUGACACUUGGGACUUCUGACUGUCCACAUCAAGAAGGAUGACAGUAGUUCUUGCCACCCCACGCCUCGCCAUGCAGACCCUGUGAAUGAAGAUCCUUUGAAGGAGGCAGCAUGCUAUGGAGGGUCCUGGGCCUGAGUCCUGGGAUCUGAUUUCACCACUGAUUCACUGUGUGACUUUGAGCAAGUCUUUUAUCCACUUUCUGUGCAUCAAUUUAUUCAUUCAAAAUGAGAGGGUUGUAUUAGAGGACCUGCACCUGCCUUUAGUGCUGCAAUUAUUAUUCUAAAUGGCCUUUAUCUUAAAAGGAAGAUCUGCAGAUUUAGCUUUCCAUGCCUUCUGACUACACUGUGACAAAUGGACAUCCAACACACUGAGCCUCUUCAGAGCCAGAAAACUUCAUACAGAGGUCAGAAUCUCAAAGACCGAUCAGAUAGAAAUAAAGAAUUCCACAAGGAAGAAAUGCAUAGGGUCAGAUAGAAGUAACAGAUUUAUAGUAUCUUGUGUGGGGAGCUGGGGUCAGCUCCACAUUGGCUUCUAUCAGCUAGAAAGAGCCUACUGUGCACAUGGCUCCCCAACUUCCUUUCAGUGAGAUAAUACUGGCAACUUGGAAUCAGUGAUGAUGAGAAUAUUUAUGCCAUGAACAUUAGCAAAUGGUACAGAUCGGGGCAUCUUUUUCCUUUUAACAAGCCAAUUGUUGAAUCUUAGCACACCACUUGCCUUCUUCCGGUAUGCUUGCUCCUUGAGGGCUAACUGUCCUCUGAAUAUUAGCAGAGCCUGCAUCUGGAUAGGAUCAGAGAACAUUGUUAGAGCACAAUAUGUUUACUUUAUGUUUCAGUGAAGUUGCACCACAUAGGGGCAUUCAUUAUCUUGUAAGUUAGAAGUGUAUUUGGAAGAUGUAAGACUUAUCUUUGAAAAACACCUUCAUUACCCUCAAAUACAGGAAAUAUCUUCUCAAUGAAGCCUCAUGAGUGAGUUGCCCUUCUGUAAUGAAACAAGUCACUCUUGUACUCUUUAUUUCUAUUUUUUAUUUUAUUUUGACUGAUAGUAGGCGAACUAAAAUACUGAAUUGGCCUUAGAACAGUGGGAUGCUCACCCAUGUGAGAGGUCAAGUUCAUGGAGACUCAUGAUGGGAACAGCAGGAGCAUGUCUUCUCCUCUUAGGACUACUGCCAGAUUGGCAGGCAGAAGUGCCUAAUUAUUUAAAACAUUAUUGCUUUCUCACUCUUUUUCUUUACAUUUUAUCUAUUUGCCAAGUUUAAUUUACCUGUGUGCAUGUAACUCUACUGUACUAUCUUUGCAGAACUAUUUUUGGAUAGAGUCAAGAGGUGAACAGGCUUUGCAGGAUUGUUUUCACUUCUCGGCUAUUGAGAUCACCUAAGCCUUGGCUGCAAAGGGCGAGUAGGGCCUCACCAGUAACCUGGCAACCUGGAAGACCAGACUGACACCCACUUGGGAAGCCAGACAGGUGGAAAUAGACUUGAGAAGUAGGAGAUAUGGCCACAUGCCUGCUACACAGAGAUUGUCAGAGGGAGGUUGCACGGGGGUGACAAAGCAUGGGUAGAAAGUCAGAGCUGAACUUCAGAUCAGUGUUUAUGGUUUUCUCUUCAUUGAGUUAAUAGGCCCAGGAUUUUUGGCAUGGUUGUGAAAUAGUGCCUCUCUGCUUUAAGAACAACCAUAAACCAUAUUUUUUGUUUAAGAACCCAAAUCAGCUCUUUUCCUCUUUGGUUCCUUUUCUCUACAGUUCCCAUUAUUAGUCUAUGCUGUCUUGUUUUUCUCCAAAACUCAAAAGUAUGAAGUCAAAGAACUUGCUUGUCUCAGUUUCAGAGUGGAGGCUGGGUUGAAAAGAGCAGCCAUGAGAAGGCCAUCAGAUUCUGCUCAAGCUGGCAAACUCUGGCUAGUCAGGAGCCACGUGCACAGUUACAGAUUCCAUCUUCCACUUGUCUUUAUUCAAACCCCAAUGUGCCCUUGGCUGACCUCUCCUGUCACCUGGUUCCUCCUGUGCAUCCUCCCAAAGGGGAGGCUUUUUGGAAACGCUAACCAAAGGGCAGUGAGACCAGGAGGCUGUCCAUGGUGAUGGGAGCUAAUCAUGUGUGCCGCUGUACAUCUAUAUCUUUUAAGAUGGGAUAGGAACCCCACGUGAUCUCUGGAGCCCAAUUUCCUACUUUCUAUACCCAAAACACUGCAGUUGACUUUCAGAAUCAUGAACACUCUGAUAAGAAAGCACAGUGCUCUCCAGAUGACUGACGUGCAAUGUGAUUCACAUUAAAAAAGAAAAAGCACGCAGUUGGGUCUGUGACUCAGUGGUGGGUUUGAAACCUAGCACCACAGAACAAGAACAAACAAAAAGGACGGGAAAGCACUGCAUCUGGCAGACGGAAUAGGUGACUCUAACUACCUCCUACCACUGUGCAUUUUAAAGAUACAAAAACUUUUCCAAAAACAAACUAAAAUCUUCUUCAAAAUUCUUGUGGUGAUUGCUAGUUGUGGAAAUCAGAUCCCUCAGUUUUAUUUGGGUGUCCAUUCCAUGGGAAUGUGUCUCAUCUAGAUUCCAUAAUGAGGCUCAGGGAUGAGAAUGUUAGAAAACGAGGUGACUUCUGCAUCCUUUGGUUUGGUAUUCCUGGAACCUUUUUCUCCUAACAGCAUCCUCCUUUACCUAUAGAGACCAUCUGAGACAUUUGAGCAGGUUCUGAAGACCAGAGCAAUCCCGGUUAUAUCACUCCUGCGAUGCAGCAAAGCCUCCUGCUCCAGGGCAUUCAGUGACCUCCACAGGAGGUGAGGCAACCCAACUCUGCAGCCCUGACCAUGACCCUAAUCCCAUGGGAAUAGAAUUAGCUGUGCUAAUGACUAACUCCCCCUCUGAAGCAGCACUAGUUUUGGCAGAGGUCAUUGCUAGGGCAGCAUGAACUUCAAGCAGCACAGACCAUUGCUAGAUUGAUUUUUAAUCUCAUUAAUUAGUGGCUAGGCUUUAUCUGAUAGGAAAAUUUUAAUCAGAAAUGAUUCAGUUUUCUAUCAUUAUAGCUUUCUAGAUUGGAUCGGUGAAUGCAUAAUUAGGAAGAAGAGCAUUAAUGUAGCAAUUAAUUCGCCAGCGUUGCAGCUAUGGCUGAUGCAGAAACACCAGGGGUUCAGCUUGGGAUGCAUUGUGAGUUUGUUUCAGUCUCCAGUCACCCCUGUAUUUGUCUACAGAAAAUCCUGUUUCCUACUUCUGUCCACCUGUGGUUACUGUUUAUUACAAGCUCAGUGUGUUGUCUGGCUGAUAUUAAACAUUGGUGUGAAAAUACACACUUUGGUUUUCUGUGCUCUUGUGAACCAACAGCUGAUCUGGCAGUCCUUGAAUGAGAAAAACGUGCUUCUGUUGAGCUGUAGCAUGUGCAAUGUCACUGUCUGCAUGUAUUAAAAUGUCUUC